AUAUAAAUAAUAUUAAAAAGUAUAUAGUGUAAAUGAUGUUGGAAACACGAUCAGCUAUUUAUAAAAUAAUGGAAGUGGCGCGAGAUGAUAGACAGAUUGAUAAUUGGCCACCCCCGUUUUCAUUUGAUAUGACAGAAUAUAAUGAAAGAGAUUUUAAUACAAUUGUUAAACAUUCAUGUAAAACAAAAAAUUUAACUUCGAAAAUUGCAAAAGCAAUUAUAAUUGGUGAUGUUUCAGUUGGAAAAUCAUGUCUAAUAAAUCGAUUUUGUCACAAAAUAUUUGACAAUAAUUACAAAGCAACAAUUGGUGUAGAUUUUGAAGUAGAAAAAUUUGAUAUUCUUGGCAUACCUUUUCAUUUACAAAUAUGGGAUACAGCAGGUCAAGAAAGAUUUAAAUCCAUAGCUGCAUCUUAUUACAGAAAUUCAAAUGUGAUCAUGGUAGUUUUUGAUUUGGCUAAUUUAAUAUCAUUAGGACAUUGUGAACAAUGGUUAAAUGAAGCUGCUCAAAGUAAUACACAACCAUGUCAUAUAUUUUUAAUAGGCACAAAACGAGAUUUAUUGUCCAAUGAAAUAUACAGUAUAAUAGAAAAACGAGCUGCCGAAGUAGCGCGGAAAAUGAAAGCUGAAUUUUGGGCCGUUUCCGCCAGAACUGGAAUCGGAAUAUCAGAACUAUUCACAAGAAUAGCUGCAUUAUCGUUCCAUUCCAUAAUUCUAUACGAAUUGGAAAAUAUGAAGUCAGAAUCAAUUAAUAUUGGUUCAAAUUUAAUAAUUUUAAAUGAUAAAAAGAUGGGAAUUAAAACAAGAAGAAGUAUAUGUUUUAAAUGUUCAACAUAA